CAUGUCAACACAAGGUCAAGGUGACAAUGGAAUGUUCGUUGUCACUACAAUGGAGAAUGUAUACUACCGUAGAGCUACUGCUGACGAUUACACCGAGGUUGUAUCUUUACGAGAUAAUCUCUACCAUGGACUGGAUUACCUGUCGAGUCAAUACCAUCACCUGCUGGCAAACCAUACCGGGUUUUGUGGAUACAGUGACAACCAAAUGGUGAGCUUCAUGUUUGCUGCUCUUAUCGAUGAUAAAGAGACUAUCGUUGUUCGUGCUGCAAGAGUCAAGAAGGAAUUCGAGAAGAGAGGAAUCUAUACCAAAAUGAAAAAUUUUUGUCUACAGAGUUUUUCUAAAACUGUAAUCAGACAAUCAUCAUGUCUGUUUUCAUGUGACCACAGAGACAACGCCAUUGCUAAAGGAGGCAAGCUCGUAUGGCAAAGGGCGAGAAUCACACUGACGACUGAGAAGCUUUCUAAGCAGACAUUGUUCCAGUCUGAAUCUCUUCACGUCUCCAUGACGAUGGUUGAUGCAAACUCUCUAGCAGAACUGUUUUGUUCACCUGAAGCGAUAAAUCACCUGUUACCCGAGAAUUUUAUAGUAGUUAAUUCUAUUCCAUACAAAUUAAGACCGUCUAACAUCUCCCAUUUCCUAACCAGUGACCGGGCAAUGUGUGCAAGUUAUCCUAAAACACAAGAUCGGUCUCAAAUGUCUAUCCCUGUCUUAGUUUCUAUUGCAAACAAAAUUAAGUGUGAAGCUGGGACACGCCUGAACCUAGAUUUCUAUGGAGAUAUAUGUCACGAGGAACAUGUCGCUCAUCAUAUUGUUGCACAGAUGGCAAGAUAUAUAUCAGUUGAUGACGUCAAGAUAUUUAUAUUCGUCACAUUCCCAAUGCAUAAGUCUGAUGACGUUCUCCUGAAAGUAACAGAACAGUUGUCCUUGAGGGUAAUGUCGAGAGGAUUUCAUUACGGUAUUGAACAUUCUGUAUAUUUUGAUUGACUGCGAAUACGUGAAGGAUGUAAUGAUGAUAUACUGGACAACACGUGGCUAUGACAGGUAUGAUUGGCUGACGUCAUCAUAUAUUCUUCUAUCUAUGUCAAUACAAUGUUUACCUAGCCAGUAUCUAGCCAUUAUAACGGCUUUUGACAAAGGUCUGGAUAUAUAUUCUAGUCAUUAGCUGUCUGUGGAUGUUUUUAUAAUACCAAGACGGUUUUAAGAUAGGUUGUAAUUAAUUAAAAAAACACGAAACUAAA